AUGGACGCAUCGAAAUCCCCAUUCCUCCAGGCACUCAAGGGGAAGACCCUGGCCCGCAAGGACAAGACCACCAUCGAAGGGGCCAAACUUCUCGAGUCGAAAGAAUUCAUCGUGGUCUACAUUGGUGCCUCAUUCCUCUCCGGUGUUGGCAAGCGGAAUGUGGAGAAUUUGAAGAACUUCUACGAGGCGCGAAAGGGCGAAGGGGUCGAGGUGAUCUACCUCUCCCAGGACAACAACAACAAGGAUUUCGAGAAGCACAUUCAAGAGGCACAGCCCAAUUGGCUCGCUGUACCGCCAAACACUAAGGAGAAUGACGAGCUGAUGAAGGCCCUCGAGAAUCCCUCCAAGCCGCACGUGAUCGCCUUCAACAAGAUUGGAAUCAUGUGUCGGCGUACUACUGGCACUAAGGACCUCGACUCAAAGGGCAUCCUCGAGAAAUGGCGCAACAAGAAGGAGAACUCCCCCAAGAAGAGCAACCAGGUGCCGAGCCAGGAAUCGAAAGACUCUGAGGAGAAGCCG